UUCUUUUGCUCUUCUUUUGCCAUUUCUCGCUUCAUUUAGAAUCUCUCUCUUAUGCUCUAUCUCUUUUUCAUUUUUUUUAACCCUACUCUCUUUUUCUCUUUCUCUUUCUUUUUCUUCUUCUAAUUCUCUUUAGAUCUAAAUGUUUUAUUCUUUCUAUGCUCGUAUCCUCUUGCUUCUCUUUCACAAUUUCCGGUCAGCUUUCCCGUCUUUUUCUCGUCUUUUUCAUUUGGGUUUUGGGCUUUUAAUCAUCUCGAUCUAUUAUUUUUCUGAGUCUCUUUAAUUCCUAAAAUUAGGGUGCUCCAUUUUGACCUUUGUUUCAGCUCUUAGCUCAAUUAGGCGCUCUUAACUGAGUUAAGGGACUGUUUGUUUUUGGAUUUUAAUCCAUUCAGUCCAAUUCAGGCUUUAGAUUUAAGCUUCAGAAGAGUGUUUGGAUUAGGCAGUACUAGUUUUGUUGUGUGUGUAAUUUGCAUCAUUGCACAAGGAUAUGAUUGGAAAAUAGAUUUCACCCUGUUGUUUGGAUGGUUCUUUUCUCUGGGUAGAGAUUGGUGUGAUAUUGUGAAGAGAUGAGUCACACAACAAGUGAUAGUGAUGAUAGGGUGCUCUCCAGGGAUCAGACUGAUUCGCCAUUAAUGGAUGAAGGUGGCAAUUUGGUUCGAGGAGUUUUACUGAAGAAAGGACCGUGGACAUCUGCUGAAGAUGCAAUUUUAAUUGACUAUGUUAAGAAGCAUGGAGAGGGGAACUGGAAUGCUGUCCAGAAAAACUCAGGGCUGUUCCGUUGUGGCAAAAGCUGCCGAUUGAGAUGGGCAAAUCACCUGAGGCCAAACUUGAAGAAGGGGGCAUUUACUCAAGAAGAAGAGCAGCUGAUUGUUGAGCUCCAUGCCAAGAUGGGAAACAAAUGGGCACGCAUGGCUGCACAUUUGCCUGGUCGCACAGAUAAUGAGAUAAAAAAUUACUGGAAUACCCGAAUUAAACGACGCCAACGUGCUGGCUUACCUCUUUAUCCUCCUGAAGUGUCUUUCCAAGCAUUGCAGGAGAGUCAAAACCAAAACAUUGGUGCAAUCAGUAAUGGGGAUACAGGCCAUCAAGAUAUCUUGCAGACUAAUGGUUAUGAGAUACCCGAUGUUGUAUUUGACAGUUUAAAAGCUAAUCAGGGUGUCUUACCUUACGUCCCUGAACUUCCUGAUAUUUCUGGAAGCAACAUGCUGAUGAAAGGUCUGGGUUCUCCAUUCUGUAGCUUCAUGCCGUCAACAAUUCAUCGCCAGAAGCGUCUUCGAGAUUCAGUGGGAUUAUUCUCUGGUUAUAGUGGAAGAGUGAAAAAUGAGUUCCCCUCAUUUGAUCAGUUCCAGAAUGAUUCUCCUGAGAAGAUGGCUCGAACAUUUGGGCUGCCUUUUCCACUUGAGCCAGAUCCUACAACCAGGGGCCCCGAGUCUUUUGGGGUAAUACAGGGUAGCCAGACCCUUUCAAAUGGCAAUUUCUCUGCUUCUAAGCCCACUUCAGGGGCUGUGAAGUUGGAGCUCCCUUCACUCCAAUAUCCAGAAACUGAUUUAAGUAGCUGGGGUGCAUCAUCUCCCCAACAACCCUUACUUGAGACAGUUGACUCUUUUAUUCAGUCUCCUCCACCAACUGGGACUGUUGAGUCAGAUUGCCCUUCACCGCGCAACAGUGGCCUGCUUGAUGCUUUACUCCAUGAGGCAAAAACGUUGAGCAAUGCAAAGAAUCAUUCCUCUGACAAGAGUUCAAAUUCAUCUUCUGUUACUCCUGCUGAUAUAGCUGAUAGUUGCACCCUGAAUAUUUGUGAAACAGAAUGGGAGGACUAUGGUGACGCCCUUUCUCCACUGGGUCAUUCUGCAACCUCUCUCUUCAAUGAGUGCACUCCUCUCAGUACCAGUGGAAGUUCCUUGGAUGAACAAGCUCCUGUUGAGUCAUAUGUUGCAGGGUGCAAGGUGAAAUCAGAACCAGUUGACCAGACAUGGACUCCCGAUAGAGGAAAAGAAAGCACUAAUCUGUAUGAUAUUAGUCAGGCUGAUGCUUUACUUAGUUCAGAUUGGCUUGGGCAGGGCUCUGCUUAUGUUAAGAAUCCAACUGUGAUGACUGAUGCCAUAGCGAACCUUCUUGGAGAUGAUUUGGGCAGUGAAUAUAAGCAGAUGACAACAGGAACUUUGACAGCGAGUCAAGGAUGGGGUUUUGGUUCUUGUGCAUGGAAUAACAUGCCAGCGGUAAUGGUGCCUGGUGGACAGCAAAAGUUGAUUUCGGGAUUCAGAUUUGUGGCAUGAUUUGUAAGGGUCAUUUGUGGAUUUUGAUUUCUUGCUUUCUGAACCAGUGUGAGUGCCUGUAUGCAAAAUUUGGAACUGACUAACUGUAUAAAUGCAUUCAGGCUUCUGUUAAAGUUUUUUUUUUUUUUUUAAAAUAAUUAUGCACUUGCACUUCA